ACAAGGUGGAUUUAUUCAUCAUGACCAAUACGAAAAUUUAAUUUUUAAAUACUGGAAAAUUGCAAUACUUUUCUUGAUCAUUUAACUAUUUAAGUUACAAUAAUUGAUGUCGAAACAUAUUAUUAUAUGAGUUAGAAUUAAAAGUAGUAAGAUGAGUUUUACCUUAUUGAAAUGUUUUUCAAAAUUGGUUCCCACAUUAUCGCGAUCAAGCCAUUAUACAAGUGCUAUUAGUUUAAAAAACUUAUAUCCUGAUAGUUCAUUAAAAAUAACUACUCCUCAACCUGAUCAAAUACCUACAAAAAAAGACGAGUUUAAUGGAUACAUACCAAUUGAUGAAUUAGAAAUUACAUACAGUACAUCUAGUGGACCUGGCGGACAGAAUGUUAACAAAUUAAAUUCAAAAGUAGACCUUAGAUUCAAAGUGGAAUCUGCAAAUUGGCUAAGUGAUAGUAUGCGACAUCGAAUAAUUACUAUUAAUAAAACCAAGUUGACCAAAGAAGGAUAUUUAAUAAUAAGAUCAGAAAAAACUCGAUCACAACAAUUAAAUUUAGCUGAUGCUAUGGAUCGUCUCCGUUCUUUAAUUUGGAAAGCAAUUGAACCAAUACCUCAACAAACUGAAGAAACCUUAGAAAAAAUUAGACGCAGGAUUGAAGCUGCUAAUCGUAAAAGGUUAGUAGAUAAAAAAAUGAAAUCUAUUACCAAGAGAAACCGUCAAGAUUCAAAAAUGUAAUCAAAUUAUAUAUUUUAUUUUAAAAAUUCAGUUGAAAUAAAUUUUUUAUCAUUAUA